UGGAUGUUUUCGCCACGAUUUGAGGGGUCGUUUCCGUCCAGAAUUUUACCAUUUCUUUAUCUCGGAAAUCUCAACCAUGCGACCAAUGCAGAGAUGCUCAAGGCUCUCCAUAUAACUCAUGUCGUCAGUGUCGGGGAGAAUGCUGGUCUUCAGACCAAGGGGUUUGAGCUUUUACUUCUCGAUAACCUUUAUGAUGACGGUAUCGAUGCUAUUCGUGAACGACUGGACACUGUCAUGCAGUUUAUAGACGACGCAAGACAACAGGGAACCUGCUGCUUGAUCCAUUGCCGCGUUGGCGUUAGUCGAAGUGCAGCGGUCACUAUAUGUUACGUCAUGAAGCAUCUAAAGUACACUCUUGUUCAAGCUUAUCUCUUUGUUCGAGCCAGGCGAUUGAACGUGAUUAUUCAGCCCAACUUGAAGUUUGUCUACGAGAUGCUACAGCUCGAACAAAAGGAGACAGGCACGAUCAGCAUCACAUGGCCCAUUCUUUGCAAAGAAAUCCAUCAGUUAAAUCUGACGUAU